UGCUGUUUGUCUGUAGAAUACACUUUCUACACCUUACCCAGACUUCUUGAUCAGGUUAGCAGAGCCGGGGACAACGAACCAGAAUAGCUAUCGAGUCGCUGAAUCAUUGAUCCUUCGUUCGUUCGAGUAAGACGCAUCAGUAAUAGCAUUCAAGCAAUACCGAAACAUAACAGGGGACUGCUGCACAGUAUCUUCACCCUUUGGUAGAUUAACCGAACAUAUCGUCUGUGGAUCAAGUGGCAAUCACCAAUGGAGCUCUUUGGACCCGUUCUGAGAUUUCGUCAGAUACCAACCCACCAAAGCUAAUGAAACUCAUAUGAUAAGUUCAGUGGUUGACGUGCUCAAUUAAUUCAUUCCUUAUCAUUAGUUGAGAAGUUGAAGCAGACUAGUAAUGGGGCAGCAUUUAGAGGGAAAGAAACAAAUCUCAAAUAUUAGAAUCAAAUUAUUGGUCUUCAUCGAUUAAUUUUAUUAUCUAUCGAAUCCCUUUCUGUCGUAUCUAUGUAUAUGCUACCUUAAACCGUUAGACUUUCUUAAGUUUCUACGUUGUCUAGCUUUUGGCCACUUGGGCGAACUAGUGGCUUCGGUACCAGAUGUAAUAUCCUUUAAGGUAAAGGGAAUAUCCUAUCAAUUUAACGUAUGCUUUAACUAUCGGUUUCGAUCGUCUCCCUCUAUAUUUUCAGUACUCAGUUGAGAGUGAUUUGCGUUGUCUAUCAACUUAAAUAUGUAUCUAGUAUCUUGUAUCAUUAUGCAUCGCAUACUCCCAAUGUGAUCUUGCUGUCCGAUUUAAUGAUUUUCUGAGUUUCAACUGAGGCUGUGAGGUGUCCAAAAAUCGUUUAUAUUUAUCUACUAUUUGCUGAAUUUGAUUGGUCUUAUUGCUUAUUUGAAGUAUCUAGUUGUUCUCUCCAUCAGUGUCAGUAUUGUUGUUCUCUGUUAUUUAACAAAGAAUGAGUGUUUACUUUGUCACGUUUUUGUUCUAAUUUGUUUGUCACCUCAGCUUUUUGCAUGAUUAACAACAAUCCAUCCUUUUGUUAUCACUAGUUGGGCGUUUAAAAAUCGAGACUAAUGUACCUACUUGGGAUUCCUUAAUGGAGAAAUAUACAUCAUCACCCUCUCAACGUAAAAUUAUCCUUUCAAAAGGUGGCAACUAUUCACAGCCCAGUUUAAACCCUGUGGUGAUCCACAAUGAAUCUAUUAGUUCCCACAAUUACACCGAUUCAUCGGAGAAAUACGUCGGAUUGUGGCGUCCAAAUGUAUGUGAUCCAACUGAAAAGCUGGCUGUUAUUGUCCCGUACCGAAAUCGUGAUAUUCAUUUGCGUAUGUUUUUAGGACAUAUGCAUGCUUUUCUGCGUAACCAACUGCUUAUGUAUACCAUUUUCAUUAUAAAUCAAGACGGUGAAACUCAUUUCAAUCGUGCCCUUCUUCUAAAUGUUGGGUUUAUCGAGUCGAAACGGGUUACAAAUUUUGACUGCUUCAUAUUUCAUGAUGUGGAUUUAUUGCCUGAAGACGAUCGAAAUUCAUAUCGUUGUGCCAACCACCCGAGACACCUAUCUGUUGCUGUGGACAAGUUUAACUACCGUCUUCCUUAUCUUACGAUUUUUGGCGGAGCUGUGGCGUUCACCAAGAAACAGUUUGAAAAGGUUGGUGGAUUUUCAAAUAUGUAUUUUGGAUGGGGUGGAGAAGAUGACGAUUUAUACGCCAGAGUAGUCUAUCAUAAUUACAGCGUUAUGCGUUACCCUGAAGAAAUCGCUCGUUACAGAAUGAUUAGUCAUAAGAAAGACCCAAGUAAUCCGGUCAAUCCUAAACGUAACGAACUUCUGAAGGAUGCAUCAAGUCGCUUUAAAACAGAUGGUUACUGGAAUGUAAAUUAUACGCUACUGGAGUCUUACCCUGCUCACAAUGGCCUGUUUUACUGGGUGUCGAUCACUCCAUAAAUGGGUGAGAAGAUUCAGCACAUUCCGAUUAUUUGUUCUGUCAUAGAAUACUCCGUAUACGAAGAUCACAUCUUUCACCGAAUUCCCCAUGAUUUUUUUUACUGAAUGACUUUUCCUACUUCUACUUUCGUUUUGUCCAGUUUCCAUAAUCUUUUCCAACUAUUAUUUUAGAUUUUGUAUAUUUUACACAAAAUGCUGUUCCAUUUUACUCAACGACUAAUUUCUGGAUUCAUAAUUUUUUAAAAACAAAUUAGACAAUCUGUAAAUGCUGUUUAGUUAAAAAAAAUUAUGUUGUAAUUGUUUACGUUUAUAUUUUACCGUUAGUUCCAUUGAUAAAAAGGUAGUUACUGUUCAAUUUUAAAGAUCUUCAUUGUAUGCCAUAGCAACAGGAGCAUUGCAAAAAAAAUCUGUUUCCAUAAUCAUCAGAUAAGACUAAAUUCUCCAUAGAUUUGUUUCUGUUACUUGUAUAGUUGUAAGAUUUUUCUUUGAUAGAUUAACAUUAUCAACAUAAACAGCCAAAACUUAUAAUUGGCAAUUUGAUCG